AUGGAGCAUUUGUCAAGACUUUCUCAAUUCGAAUUAGAUAUGGAAAUUAAUGGGGAGGAUUCAAGUAAGGAUGAAGAGGAGCUUGUCUACUAUGUGGCUGAAAACUCCCCACCUGGAACUCGCAUCGGUAAUUUAUGGCAAAGCCUACCCAGACUGGGGAUUAAUAAAGAAAUGUAUUUCAUUGUAUACAGUUUACUUCCUAGUGAAGAUCGGAUGGACACAAAAGUUCGAGCAAAUGAAACGGAAAGAUUUCGCUCAAGCAGUGCAUUAUAUAAUGUGGCUAAUCAAAAUCAUGCUGACUUAUUUAUAAUCCGUCAAGAAAAUGGAGAUGUAGUAGUAGAAGAUGGGGCUGAAAUUGACAGAGAAGAAAUAUGCCCCCUAAUAUCUGGUACAGAUGAAGUAUGCUGCCUUCUCUAUGCGGUUUCCUUUAGUCACAUAAAAUCUAACUUAUCAACUUCGACCGCCAUCUUCUCCCAUGACGCUCAUUCUUCUAUAUUUAUUCGCUUAAAAGUCGUUAUAAAAGAUGUGAAUGAUAAUGCACCAAUAUUUCCUCCCAUAAAGCAUAAGAAAGAAGGAUUCAAUACUAUCAAUGGGACAGACAUUCCUAUUGAUUGGGAGGAAGAUGAUAAGGAAGGGGCUUGGUUAAGUAGCUUUCUUCCAAAAUUUCAUUCUUCCUAUUUCGCCAGCUGCCAACAAGUGGACAUCUUGGAGUCUGCUGCAGUUGGUUCAGAUUUGGAGCUGCCAGAGGCUGUUGAUUUGGACAGUGCUACUUUUGGAAAAGUUCAAUAUAGCUUGGUGGAAAGCAGCAGCACAACUGCAUCAAAUGAUACAUCACCUGACAAUCCAUUUCAAGUAUUAACAACUAAUGCUAGCGGUGCAUUGGGCUCUCGAGUCCGGUUACAUCUCACUCGACCGCUCGACUAUGAAACUCAAAUAUGGCAUAAUUUUACUCUAAUGGCCUGUGACUCUGCCCCGAAACAACUCUGUAGCACCCUGCCUUUAUGCGUUGCUGUUCACGACACCAACGACAACAGUCCCAUAUUUACUAAUCUGAACCUGUCACUUGUGAUCCGAGAAGACGUGGCAGUCGGAAGUCUGCUUGCCCGUCUUGAGGCGAAUGAUGCUGACUCGGGUCACUUUGGAGAAGUCUCCUACUCAAUAGUUGCAGGCGCCAGAGGUCGUUAUGAUGCCUCCACGGUGAAGGAGGCGUCUCAAUUUAUACUCGAUCCAAGGACAGGAGAACUAUUUCUUGCCAAGCCUCUGGAUGGCUCAACCAUCUAUCGACUCUUAGUGGAGGCCCGUGAUGGUGAUCCUAAUGGGUCAAGAUUCUCUCGUACCUGGCUUACUGUACAUAGUAUCGAUACAAACAAUCAUGCGCCUUCAAUCCGUCUCAAUCGUGUACAGAGUGAAUCACGGCGAGCAAGCCACAGAAAAAGUAACAUAUCUGGCUUUAGUUAUGCACCUUGGACACUGGAAGUUCAAAUAGAGGCAGCAGAAUAUCCCACGGAUUACCAAAUCAGUCCAGGAUUUACAGAUAAUGCAUUCAUCAAUAGCGUUCUACCGCGAUCGGGCAGCUUGAUACACUUGUUUGAGAACAAUCCUAGCCCAUUGGAUCUAGCCAUUGUCACAGUCACAGAUGAGGAUAGUGGCGACAAUGCUCAGGUAUCUUGUCAGUUGGUGCAACCGAGCGAAUUUAAUCGACUAAAAGAGUCAUAUUUUUCUAACAGCCAGCAACUGGGAGAUCUAAUGGCUAAGAUUCCUGACCUGCUUGCACCUGCGUUUGGAUUAGCGGUGAAGGCAAAGUUUGGGAUAUUCCUUUCCCCGCCCAACAGAAUAAAUGAGCGUAGGUCAAUUUAUCGCCUGAUUACUGAGCGCAGCUAUGACGCCGAACAAAUAGAUGGAGCAAAUUCUGACAAGGAAUCUGUUAAACUAUUCAACGGACAAGCUGAUUUUAAAAUUGUGAAGACAGAUGGACAAUUGCUGCGUCGGUCUCUUCAAUUUGAUUUAUUCUGUGGUGACAACGGUAUUCCAAAUAGGCUAUUUACCCGACAUUCAAUUAACGUGUGGAUACUAGAUAGAAACGAAUAUCCCCCAAUUUUCGGACAUGAACGCUAUGAAUUGGCUAUUCAAGAACAACUUCCCUUUGGAACACUUAUUACUCGUGUAGGCAUUACCGAUGAUGAUAUAUCAAGUAGGAUCGCUUCUUAUGCCAAUGAUCGCCGACCUAUUGCUUCGACGUAUAGGGAUAAACUUAUGCAGUAUGGAGAGGCUCGAUCCACUAAAAGUUACAAAAAUCCAUGGAGGAGUUCAGAAAUGCAUGAAAUACAUACAAAGACUAUGUAUAGUAUAGAGAAGAACGACUCUCAGACGAGCCUGAUUCGUAUAGAUCCGAAGAGUGGGGAAAUCUUUACAAAUUCAGAAUUGGAUGCCGAAUCCGCGCCUAUCUUAUAUUUUAAGGUAGGUAAGCAAGUAGUAAAGUUCAGACAGUAUAACUUACUUUAG